UGGAAGUCUUUGGUGGCCCUUAAUAACCCACCAUCAACAAGACGAGUUUUCUAGAGGCGACGUAACUAUGGACACCACACACAACUCCUCUUUAAUGAUGCAGCGAAACAUAAAGGAAAAUUCAGAGGCUCUUAAGGACUUCCUGGAAGGUCUGAACGACUGGGAACGAGAGAUGAAGGUUGUAGACGAGAAGCUGUGUAACCAGGCGAGGGAGGACUGUCACUCUCCUGAGACCUGUCAUCCUGUGCGGUGCAAGAAGACGUUAGAAAUUUCCUCAGGCAAAGAAACCACUGGAACCAUGCCUAGCAAUAACAGAAAAACAAAAGAUGAAGGGAAAAAUAUAGAAAAACCUAAAAAAAUAUCAACAUGUGACUAUGCUGCCUGGGAAAAAUUUGAUGUGGACACAGCACUGGCAUCUUCCUCUGAAGAGGAAGAGGAAAUAGAGAGGCAAUCGGAUAAAAAACACAUGGAAACCAAGUACCCUAAAACCAAUAAGAAGGAACGAGCCCUGGCACUGAAGGAAGCGGGAAACAAGUUCUACAGUAGUGGGCAGCUGGAUAAUGCAAUAGCCAAGUACACUCAAGGGAUGGCUCUCGACCCCACCAAUGCUGUGCUUCCAGCAAACAGAGCUAUGGCAUAUAUCAAAUUAAAGAAAUACACAGCUGCAGAAGCAGAUUGCAAUAAGUGUUUGAAACUUGAUGCUGGUUAUAUAAAGGCCUAUUUGCGAAGAGCAACAUCACGAGUUAACCUAGGGAAGAAAGAAUUGGCUAUCAAAGACUACCAAAAGGUCUUAGAGUUAGAGCCAUGGAAUAAAGAAGCCAAAAAGGAGCUAGAAAAUUUACAGUGUGCAGCUGAUGUGAAAUGUGAGAGAACAGAAAUGUCAGUAAAAUAUGACUGCAAAAUAAAAGCUAAACAAGAAAGUACAGUAAGCAAACAACCUCUCAUGAAUGAAUCACAAAAACAGGAAACAAAUAAUGUCAUGCAUCAGAAUCAAAAGGAUAACGUAUGUGGUAAUACAACAAAUUUAGAUAACGAUAAAAAGAAACAGGGUGGUAAGAAAUUGCAAAUUGUUGAAGUCAAUAGCAAAGAAUGUAAUUCAGUAAAUGUAUUGGAUCCAGAUGGUGUUCUUCCUAUAGAAAAGCCUCCACACCUCAGAUCAUUGAAACCCCUGAAGAAAAUCCCAGUGGUUGAUAUAGCCACAAAAGCGAGCAUCCUGGAAUGCCCAUUGUUGUUGGAAGUAGAAGGGACUACUGUCAAGAAACAUCCAGUUCCAUCUGUGGCAGAGCACAGAGUGCCCUCUAUGGCAGAGAAGGACACAAGUGACAAGAAAGAGUAUGAUGCAGUAGGCACCUUGCAAGAAGACCCAGGCAGAGCUACACUACAGUCUCAGCCUGAAAAUAAAUCACAAGCAAGUGUAUCAUUACCAUCUGCACCUAGGACUUCACAUCAGUUUACAGAGGACUGGAAUAAACUGUCUCAUCAGGUCUCUCAGGCUAUUAAAUACUUAAAGAUCAUUCAGCCUAAGUUCUUCACCAGUGCAGAUUUAGAUGCUGAUACCCUGAUUAGUGUAAUAUCAACCCUUAGGACUGAAGAGAUAUCACCUCUACAAGCAGCUCAAUAUAUACUUGCAUUCUCUCAAUCAAGUGGAUUUUCAGUUAAUAUCAUGUUCUUGAAUGAGAGUCAGAAAAAAGUCAUAUAUGAUGUGAUAUCGAAGUGUGAGGAAGAAGAAUCUUACAACACACAAAUCAGGAACCUGAAGAACUUGCUAGACAAUGAAUCAUAAUUCUUCACAUUGGAUCUUACGAACCUUCAGUGGUUAUUUAAUUUUCUGAAUAUUUCCCUAUAAUGUUCUUUAUUAUGGGUACAUAAGUUAAAUUUCUUUUUGUAAUAUUUUUUCAGUAAAUUUAAAAUUGUA